AUGGCUGGCAUCAAAAUCAUCUGGGGCGCAGGCUCCAUCAUGGAUGAAGUCUCAUACCCGACUCUUGAGUCUAUCAACGAGGUCUUCGAUAUUCUGCAAGCCAAAGGCAUCACGACCCUCGAUACUGCCAAGAUCUACAACAACUCCGAGGAGCAAUUGGGAAAGCUUCAUGCCGAGUCCCGUUUUACCAUUGAUUCGAAAUAUCCUGGCGGGUUUUCACCCGAGCCUUCCACCCCGGAGUCUUUUAAUACAAUCUUGAACGAGAGUCUAGCCCAUCUUCAAACCAAUCAACUUGAUGUCUACUAUAUGCACGCCCCCGAACGCAGAAGCUCAACAGAAGCACUACUUGCUAGUAUCAACUCUGCAUACCAGGCUGGAAAGUUCAAGCGCUUUGGUUUGUCCAACUAUCUGGCCGAGGAGGUCGAAGAGGUGGUCCGCAUCUGCCGCGAAAAGAAUUACGUCGUGCCGAGUGUCUACCAGGGCAACUACUCCGCCGUUGCACGCCGAGGAGAAACAGAGAUCUUCCCCACGCUGCGGAAGCACAACAUCUCCUUCUAUGCUUAUUCACCUAUCGCGGGAGGAUUCCUAACCAAGGAUGUCGCGACGUUGGUCUCCGGCGGUAAGGGUCGAUGGGAUCCAAACUCGCCACUUGGUGGGAUCUACAAUGCGCUUUUCAAUAAACCCGACAUGCUGAAGGGCUUGGAACAGUGGGAGAAGAUCUCUAAGGAGUCUGGUAUCUCCAAGGCUGAGCUGGCAUAUCGGUGGGUGGCACAUAACUCGACCCUCAAAGAAGAACUCGGAGAUGGUUUGAUCAUUGGCUCGCGUAAUGUUGAGCAGCUCAAUCAGACGCUUGCUGCAUUGAGCAAGGGUCCUCUGAGCGCGGAAAUCGCAGAAAAGAUUGAGGAGGUGUGGAAGAUUGUCGAAGCUGAUGCGCCUUUGGAUACCUUCAACAGUUUCCCUCAGAACGACAAGGCUGCCUAA